UGCGGCCGCGGCGCAUCGGGCUGAACCGCGGCAGAGCCGCAGCAGCCACCGGAGCACAGGAGCCGACAGGGCCCGGCCGGGAUGGUGCAACGGCGGCUCCGCGGCGCAAACACGCACUGAGUGGGCCCAAGCUGGGCCCCGCGUCCCCCGCGCCCCCCGCCGCCCCGAUUUCGGCCGGCAUGAUGUGCCUGGAAUGCGCCUCGGCGGCGGCGGGCGGCGCGGAGGAGGAGGAGGCGGACGCGGAGCGGCGGCGCCGGCACCGGGGGGCGCAGCGAGGGGCUGGCAGUGGCGGUUGCUGCGGGGAGCGGGGAGCGGGCGCCGCUGGAGUCUUGGCCGCAGACGAUGAGGUGCACACGUUGUCGGGCAGUGUGAGGAGGGCCCCGUCCGGACCCCUGAGCACCCCGAGCACCCCCAGCUGCGUAGCCGCUGCCAAGGGCCCCGGCGCUCAGCAACCCAAACCGGCCAGCUUGGGCUGCGGGCGGGGGGCAGCUGCUGCCAUCCUCAGCCUGGGCAACGUGCUCAACUACCUGGACAGGUACACCGUAGCAGGCGUCCUUCUGGACAUCCAGCAGCACUUUGGGGUCAAGGACCGAGGCGCCGGCUUGCUGCAGUCAGUGUUCAUCUGCAGCUUCAUGGUGGCUGCCCCCAUCUUUGGCUACCUGGGUGACCGCUUCAACAGGAAAGUGAUCCUCAGCUGCGGCAUCUUCUUCUGGUCGGCGGUCACGUUCUCCAGCUCCUUCAUCCCCCAGCAGCACUUCUGGCUACUGGUCCUGUCUCGGGGACUGGUGGGCAUCGGGGAGGCCAGCUACUCCACCAUUGCGCCCACCAUCAUAGGCGACCUCUUUACCAAGAACACGCGCACUCUCAUGCUGUCUGUCUUCUACUUUGCCAUCCCGCUGGGCAGUGGCCUGGGGUACAUCACUGGCUCCAGCGUGAAGCAGGCAGCUGGAGACUGGCACUGGGCCUUGCGGGUGUCCCCCAUCAUGGGCAUUGUCACAGGAACGCUCAUCCUCUACCUGGUCCCUGUCACCAAGAGGGGCCCUGCCGACCAGCUUGGGGGGCAGUUCAAGGCACGGACCUCAUGGCUCCGAGACAUGAAGGCCCUGAUCCGCAACCGCAGCUACGUCUUCUCCUCCCUGGCCACGUCGGCUGUGUCCUUCGCCACAGGGGCCCUGGGGAUGUGGAUCCCGCUCUACCUGUACCGCGCCCAAGUUGUGCAGAAGACAGCAGAGACAUGCAGCAGCCCACCCUGUGGGGCCAAGGACAGCCUCAUCUUUGGGGCCAUCACCUGCUUUACUGGCUUUCUGGGUGUAGUCAUCGGGGCAGGAGCCACACGCUGGUGCCGCCUGCGGACGCAGCGGGCCGACCCGCUGGUGUGCGCCGUGGGCAUGCUGGGCUCUGCCAUCUUCAUCUGCCUCAUCUUUGUGGCCGCCAAGAGCAGCAUCGUGGGGGCCUAUAUCUGCAUCUUUGUUGGGGAGACGCUGCUCUUUUCUAACUGGGCCAUCACUGCGGAUAUCCUCAUGUACGUGGUCAUCCCCACGAGGCGGGCCACCGCUGUAGCCCUGCAGAGCUUCACCUCGCACCUGCUGGGGGACGCUGGAAGCCCCUACCUCAUUGGCUUCAUCUCCGACUUGAUCCGCCAGAGCACCAAGGACUCCCCGCUCUGGGAGUUCCUGAGUCUGGGCUACGCCCUCAUGCUCUGCCCCUUCGUCGUGGUCCUGGGGGGCAUGUUCUUCCUCGCCACCGCUCUCUUCUUCCUCAGCGACCGUGCCAAGGCUGAGCAGCAGGCUCUCCCACCUUCCCCUGGGCCUGACGAGGUCCCUGCCCAGCGCGUCCGGCCAGCCGGCCCCCACGAUGCGAUGUGCCAGAGCAGUGCCUGGGCCAGGCCCCCGCUGAUCCGCCACCUUGACCCCUGCCCGUCUCUCCCCCAGGGUGAACCAGCUGGUCAUGCCGCCCGCAUCCAUGAAAAUCUGAGGCAGUGCCGCUGGGACAGUGAAGAAUCCACACUCUCACCCAGUUUGGGAGGUGUCCCACGGUAUCCUGGCCCUGCUGGGCUGGCCCGAAGCUUUCUGUGUGACCCACGGCUGGGCACACACUCUCUUUGGUCUGGGACUGAUGAGUGGCUGUGGCUUCAAGAAGAGGCUGUGUCCUCAACUAACUUGCAAGGCUGUGUGUGCUGGAGCCACAUGGUUGGACUGACUACCAGCCCUAGAUUUGGGCUGCAGGGCCCCUGGGUCUCAGGGAGAAGACAGCCCUCAGUGAGUGUGUGGGGAGAGCCUGGCCCGUCACCAGCUUGUGUGCUCCUGGGUAAGUCCCUGCCCUCCCCAGACCGUGGGGCCAGGGGGCUGGACUUUCCCACACAGCUUGUUGGGCAAGGCACUAUCCACAGCUCUGGAGAUCCAACAAUUCCUGGACUGCACAGAAGGGAAGAGGUGGCCCAGGCCUCAGGGCGGCACUCCAGGCUCUGAGGCUCCCUGAAGGGCCUGGUGUGUGGGGACCACAGCCUUUCGGCUGGGCCUCCAACCUUGGGCAUGCUGAACUCAAUUUUGGAGAGCCAGGCACCCAGGUGGAUGGUCACACUGGAGGACACUUCUGCUGCUUUGGGCUGGCCUCAGCCUGGAUGUUUCCUGUUCAGGGAUCAUCCCGAUAGGGAGCUGGCAUCACCAGGGGUGAAGGCCCUGGUGGCAGCCACACACUACCUGUGCCCGCGGCUUGAGCAAUUUGGGGGUCACCCACCCCAAGAGGGCUCCUUGCAGCCCCUGGAGCACCUCCCUGUCCAGUCCAUCUCCUCAGACCCCCAGGAGCCAGGAACAUACUCCUGCCCCAAGCUGGGCCAUUUCCAGGGGCAGGGCCCAAAGGACUAUUCCCAGAAUCCAUGGGGCAGUAGCCAGGGUUCUUGCUGCCAGAGGAAGCAGCCAUCCACUGGCUUCCUGUCCCAGCGAAUAGCUGGUGGAGGUUGAGGCCCAUCGGGAGAGGCCAACACCAGAGCCACCUCUAGUCAAACAUCUGCUGCUACUGCUCUCACGCACAUUUCCACACAGCCCAUUGCUUCCCUCAGCCUCUGACCACUUCCAUACUCCCAUCUGAACACACCUUGCCAUCCUCAGAACCACACACCAGGGUGCAGCCAUCAACUCCACGCCAGUCCCCUGGCCCCUUGUGGGGCUUAUCACAGCUCCUCUGCCACCCACAUUCCCUCCCUGCGCACUUGCUGUGAUCAAGGUGGUUCUGGCCCAGGGGCCCCUUGAGGUCAGGAGACCUGAGCCGCCAGCUUAGACAUGCUCUUUUCCCUGUAGUUGCUGGUGUGGCUUCAGUGGUGUUAAGCUAGUGAAAUACCCACUCCCCACCAAGGUCUGGGGCUCCCCGAGGGGCCUAACAAGGGGUGAGACCCCUCAAAGACCACCUGGUCUCCACUCCCACCCCAGCCUCAAUGGGGGCCCCAGCGAUGUUUUCUUGUUGUACAAGAACCAGGUCCAAGUGUUGCAUCCUCUUCCUUCCGGAAGCCAAACUGCUCCUUUAUUUUUUAGAGCUGCUGAUUGUGAAUCUCAGAGUCUUAAGACAAAAACCAAAUAUAUUCCUCUUGUAAAUGAAGAAAUAAACCUAUUUAAAUGAUGCCCUGGUGGCUCCCACAGCAAAAUAGCUGGGGGGUAGGGCGGCACAGGGAGUUGCUCCACCCAUGCCCGUGUGGGUGGUCAGCACUGUACUGCGGGCACCUACCUGUGCCCACCUGGAUGAACCCCAGGGCCCUGGACUUGGCCCACAAUGCCUGGGAGCCAAGGCCCCAGCCCCAUGAAGGCCAAGUGUGUUCUGGGCUGAGAAACAGGCCAGCCACAGAGCAGAGACGGGGCCCAGCCCAGGGCCAGGGGUCUCUGCACCCCUGGGACCACACGGGAAAGGACUCAGGUUGUGCAUGCUGCAGGCCCCCUCCCAGCCCCCCACCAGAAGGUAGUACCUCAGAGAGUGGCUUGUUUAUUAAAAUCAUGGUGAAAA